CGUUCGUCCCCCUUUUGACCCCACUUGCCCCCUCCCCCUCCCCCUUCCAUCCAUUGAUUCAGCAACCAGCAAUUCCUUUUCAACCCUUCCCUCACACCGAAUGCUGCGACUACGGGCAGCGAUGAGGCUGCACUGCUCCAAUGCACUCGCACUGCGACUUGCUUCUUCAAGCUCUGUUCUCACUCGGCAGCAGCAUGCGUUCAAGUCAUCCCGAAGCCACUCUCAGAUGACAUCCAACAACAAGGCUGCAAUCGCAUCAUCUGGCAUCACUACGAGCCCUUCUAGUAGUGCUCCUACUAUUACUACGACUACUACUGCUGCAGCGACAGGUCAGGCCGAGCUCGCUGUGCUGCAGCAGCGGAUUCCAAACAAGAAGCAACGCUGGGUCGCACUCACGAUUGCCCAGCCAGACGCAUCGAGACCAUUCGCUCAGUGGAGCACGCCAAGUGAUGGGCCAACGGAACACUCGUCCAGUCGCAAGCAGCCGUCGAGCGCGGUGGACGACCACCGACUGGAUGCAGCGGCAGCGUGUCAAACCAAUCCCAGCGCAUCAUCAGAGGGACGGCGGUUGGACGACGAGCAACACCAUGAAGCUGCGCAUCGACGUAAAUCAAUGUCAAUGCUCCACGUUAGGCAAACACAAUCGCCGUCAGCAGCGAGCGGGAACGAGGAGAUCAAGCAGGAGAUUGUCGACACUUUUGCCGCAUCGACCGCACCGCCAGCCCAGCGGCAGCAGUUAAUGUACACGCAGUCGCCCGUAGUGUCACCCGAGGCAGCGCCGCUGCAAGACGCCAAGGUCGUCGAGCCAUUGCCGCAGCACUCCCAGUCCGACCAAACCUCGACAACCACAGCAGCAGCAGCAGAUACGUCGCUCAGAUUCCGAGCACCGCCGCUCUUGCUGGGCAAAGUGGACGCCGUCUCGUUCACAGGACAGUCGUUUGCCGAACGAUGGGACCCUGAAGCGUCUUCGACAUCCACAGAGACACGAUCGGCAGCCCCGGUCGGCUCCGGGAUUUUCGCGCUCGUGGCUUCUCUGCAAAACGCCGGCCAGCGCGCCUGGCGACUCCGCGAGGACACCCGACACCGCUUGAUUGAGGCCUUCUUGCCCAAAGGAUACCCACAUUCCGUCACUCCAAACUACAUGGGCUACUCGCGGUGGCAGGCAGUGCAGUCGGUGACUGGCACGAUGACGGGAGUACUUUCGACACAGGCACUGUUGUAUGCGGUCGGCUUGGGCGCGGGUGCCAUUCCGCUUGCUGGAGCGCUCAACUGGAUUGUCAAGGACGGUCUUGGCCAGCUUGGUGGCGUGGUGUACUCGACCUUUAUCAGCUCCAAGUUUGACAGCGAUCCAAAGCGCCACAGGUUCUGGUCGAAUGCCGCGCUGCAAGCGAGCACACUCCUUGAGAUUCUCACGCCUCUAGCACCGGGCAUGUUUUUGUUUCUGGCUUCGGUGUCUAACAUCGGCAAAAACAUUUCUUGGCUCGCAGCCUCCAGCACCCGUGCGCAAAUGCACAACAGCCUGACACUGCGAGACAAUCUUGGCGAUGUCACCGGGAAGGCGGGGAGCCAGGCUAUUGCCACGAGCCUGAUUGGCACAGGUCUGGGUAUCGCCAUUGCCCCGUUCGUCGGCACAGACCCGAUAGCAGUGCUGCUUGCCUUUCUCCCGCUAUCGAUUGUUAACAUGGUGUCCAACUACCGUUCUAACACCAUUGUUCACAUGCGCACUUUAAAUGUUCAACGUGCAGAACGCCUCUUUAUGCACUUUUUGCUGCACAACCGUGCCGCCUUGAUCGAUGCCGCAGCCGCAGAUAAAAUGGCAUUCUCCACGCCCAUGCAAUACCAGCUGCUCACACCUUCUCAAGUUAGCGGCGCAGAGUCGUUCGUGUGGCAUUAUCGAACAAUUUUUGACGUGCCUGUGUGCGUGGAGCCACCGAUUGAUGUUGUCUUUGCCAAACACGACGCCACUGCGAGCUCCUCGGCGACCACAGGCAAGGCCACUGCAAACACCCCGCUCUACGAGCCCAAGCGCCUGCUCGAACGUCUCAGGAAGGCACUGGGACGCUCACCUCCAGCGCAACUGCCGAUUGAUUCGUGCGCCGUUUCUCUGUUGCUCGGCGACGUGUGGAUGCUGGGACGCGAGAACUACCUGCUCGCAGUCAUGGACGCAACUCAGCACGAAGGCGGCAUGCUGGCUGCACUGGACAUUGCUUACCAAACGCCGUCAUUCUCGCUGCUCCCGUCAGAUACACCUCCCACAGCUAUUCCGCCGCCUCCAUCCAACGCCUCCGAAUCUCUUCAAACCGAGCAGGCCGGAACACCGCCAUCGCUGCAGCGGCGACGCACUGUUUGCCUGUGGUUCCGUGAAGGUACCACCUCCAACGAGAUGGUCACAGGCUUCUUGCAUGCAUGUCUACUCAGGUAUGCGAUGGAGGAUCCCGAUGUGAGGGCCGCAUUCCUCGGAGCGUCCGUCGCCGCUUCAUCCGGCACCACCGACGCCAACACCGUGCUGCCUGCUGCACACGCCGAGCAGAUUCGCUCCAUGGUCAUCUCCAGUCGUCAGCCAACCGCAACGGACGCGCAACAGCUCGAAUCGGAAGCAAACGCGCUCCUGGAAGAGGUGGUUCUAUCCCGCGUCAGCCACUCGAUCGUUCGUACCAUCAGCCCGAACUUUUCAGCGGCGCUCGCCAAAAGCGGCUGGCGCACCAAGAAUGUAUUCCUAGCCGAAGGCGAUGCCCGUCUCGUGACCGACUAAGAAGGGAAGCGGCUGUAUUCUUGAUCAAAUCCAACACAAUAAACGCU